UCAGUGAGACAAAAAUGCCUCAUUCUGCUUGAGAUUUCUGAAAAUUAUUUGGAAACUUUGUCAUUAGAAGAGUUAAAGACGCGAUAGGAAACUUUCCUUCGUUUUAAUCAUACCCUCUGUUAACUGUGCUCUAAGUUUUUCUAUCCCCCGGGUAGUGUGCUAUUCUAUUUGUGCCAACCUCUGAAAAACGUCUUCAAGCAUGCGAGUCGCAGUCGUUACAGGUGCCAACAAAGGAAUAGGAUUCGCUAUUGUCAAACAAUUAUGUAAAGAAUUUUCUGGGACUGUAAUUUUAAUAGCGAGAGAUGAACAAAAAGGACAGGAAGCUGUUAGACAACUGAGCAGUGAAGGUCUAUCGCCCACAUUUCAUCAAUUGGACAUUGUUUCACCAGAAAGCAUUGAAAAGAUAAAAAAAUAUCUUAUGGAGCAAUAUGGUGGAUUGGAUCUUCUUGUUAAUAAUGCUGGGAUAGCUUUUAAGAGGGCAUCCACAGUUCCUUUUCCAGAACAGGCUAUAGUGACUAUCCAAACAAAUUUUCAUGGUACGCUUAAUGUGUGCAGAGCACUGUUACCAAUUUUAAAACCACAUGCAAGAUUGGUGAAUAUUUCAUCCCAUUUAGGGGGUUUGGCUCAGCUAUCAGAGGACCUUCAGAAGAAGUUUUCUUCUCCAAAAUUAACAGAAGAAAGUCUUAGUAAUUUGAUGGAUCAGUUUGUCAAAGAUGUUAAGGAUGGUACUCACUCACAGAAGGGAUGGUCAAGCACUGCCUAUGGAAUUUCCCAUUUAGGAAUAAUUGCGUUAACCAAGAUUCUAGCAAGGAAUAUCACACAAGAUUCUAGAGAGGACAUUCUUAUCAAUGCUUGUGAUCCUGGCUGGGUCCGUACAGACAUGGCUGGACCAAAAGCAACAAAAUCCCCUGAGGAAGGUGCACUGACUCCAGUUUAUGCUGCUUUACUUCCAAUAAAUGUUGGAAAACCACAGGGUGAAUUCCUCAAAAAAAAAAUGAUCCAAGAAUGGGAAGAGAUGUCAACAAGAUCACAUGCUUCAGAAGCUGAGGAGAGACUAAAGAAGGAAUAAAUAUAUCUUAUUAACCAAGCGCAAGGGCCAUACUGGGAGAAUAUUGGCCUGAGGUCCGUACAAAAAGG